ACCAGGCGGAGUCCCGCCACUGGGGAACGCUUCACACAACCACCACCACCACCAUCACCACCACCACUGCCACCACCACCCCCUCCUAUACACCGGUAACGGCAUUGCUGUUGUCGCGGAUUAAGUUUAAUUGACCCCCAUCGAAUAAUCACGGCUCCCUCCUGCAGGCACGUCUUGGUAAACACCAACGACGACACCACCAACCAGCACGAUAGCAGCGCGGACCGAACAAUGGUAUUGGUAUACAUCAAAAAUCUUCUCUUCCCACACUCGAAACCCGCCACUUCACACACAUCCUCUCCGCCUCUUCUCCCUACGCACACAAAAACCUACGGAACCUCCGACUCCUGUCCGAACCCGGCAUGUCCGCUCCUCUCCCGUAACCCUUCCUACCAGUGUGCCUCUACCCCCACCACCGACACACAAGACGAAUCGGAGCUGGAGAAGAAGCCCACAGCGGGCGUCAUCGACCCGAGGGUUUUGUCCGACCUCACCAUUGGUUUGUCCGAUGGAUUGACAGUUCCCUUCGCCUUAACGGCGGGGCUAUCCGCGUUUAACGACACAAAGGUAGUCCUAUACGGUGGAAUCGCCGAGUUGAUUGCUGGGAGUAUAUCGAUGGGAUUGGGAGGAUGGCUGGCGGGCCGCGGCGAGGCGUAUGAUAUUCCUACCCCCCCCUCGAAAGUAUUGCGACAAUUGCUGACCCUACCACAGCGAAUUCUACGAAAACACCCUAACAACCACAAAAACCCUCAUCUCCACGCACCCAACCUCAAUCCCGCCACUUCUGCACUCGAUUUUCUCGCCCUACUGCCUCCCACCGGACUCACUCUCUCCGAUAGUCCAGAACCUGACCAAAUCCCCACACCUCGCCCCCUUCAUAAUGCAAUUCCAUCACAAACUCCCCCCACCAUCCGACCGCACCCCGCUCAGUUCCGCUUUGACGAUUGCUGCUGGAUACUUCUUUGGCGGGUUCAUCCCGCUUUUGCCGUAUUUUUUUGUCGGCAGGGGAAGGGUUCUGCUAGGCCUUGCAUGGAGCGUCGGGGUCAUGGCGGCGAGUUUGUUUGCCUUUGGGAUUGGGAAGACAGUUCUUGUCGAGGCUGGUGGCGAAGGGGUGGAAGCCCAGGGCGAAGGUGGAGAUGGCGAGAAGUGGAGAUGGGGGAAGGCGAUUAGGGGUGGGGUUGAGAUGGUGGUUGUAGGUGGGGUUGCGGCGGCUGCCGCGAUGGGGAUUGUGCAAGCUUUGGGAUAGGGGCUGUGAAGUGGAAGGGGAGAAAGUGGGGUUGUAUUAUUAUUAUUGUUAUGAUAAUACCUUAUGCAAGCCCGGGGUUUUCGGCUUGUCUGGGUAAUCCUUAGAAUCAUCUGGUAUCACUCGGCUUGGAAAAUAUGCCUUGCCCGUUGGGACGGGCUUGAUAGAAAUAAACUUUUAAUUAUU